AUGGCGAAGAAGUUAUCUGAUCGGAAGAAUCGUCACGAUGAUGAUCCUCGACCUUACCAGCCAGCCCAAAAUAUCGAAGUGCUGCGUGAGAUUCACGGCGACCUUGCCCACCGAUGGCGCAGACAUGCAACCACUAUCGAGGCCAUUUGGUCGGCGCUGACCAAGAACCAGCGGGCCAGAUGCCUCUUGGCUGCCUGGACGGACCUCCCUCUCAUGUCGAACCACCAGGAUCCUACCGUGCGAAAAAAGACUCAACUCUGGAUGCCCGAACGGGAUCUUCAAUCUCUAGCGGCGAACCCGGCCUGUCUCCUUGAUCAGCUGAACCACAGGGCUACCACGUCUCUUCAACAUCAGUUGUUCUACGGCUGCAGGGAAAUCCACGGAGACCGAAAGGUUGUCCAAAUUAUGACGGAAUCGAACCCCAACUUUGUUGAGGGCUUCACGAAGCUGUAUCGAACUGCGCCAAACCGAUUCACCUUCUUCCCUGACAACAAAACAUACGGCGACACUACUGAAGUCAUUGGUUGCGAGACGGUCCUGGCUAGUUGGGCUUCAGAAGAUCCGAGUAGCAUCUGCACCUCUGAGCCGUUCGGAUGGCUCCUCACCACCCGACAAAUGCAGCUGUAUAUGGCCCUCAACUCCAUGGUCAGAGAGAUUCUCGACCAAAAACCGGAUGCCGAACAUACCGAACUACGAGCCCCUCCUUCCGCUGACGUCCAGCGAGCAAUUAAAGUGCUUACGGGUCGCCACGGAGAUGUGAUCACGAAUCUCAUAGAUUUGUCCAAAUUCUACGAUGAUGCUAUCGAAGUUGCUCGAAUUCAGGAAGCGGCCAUGGAUGCCUUCCUGAAGCUGUACUGGACUCGACCUGGAACACUCAAGCACGACGUCGAGAGAUGGUUUUGCAGCCAGCCGGGGAUGAUCAAAGACGAGAAAGACGACCUGGCGCCCGUCCAUACCGACAGGUACUCAAGCGCUUCCGUCUUCAACGUGGUCCAGAACCACGUCAAAGGCUCUACAACCUGGAAAUAUGUGGCCCACCUUCUUCGUCUACUUCAAGGCAUGGAGUCCAACAACGUCUGCCGGCCGAUCAUUCUUCAAGAACUCGUCAACUGUCUCAAGCUGGAAUGGGAGCGUACCCGAGGUGUCUUCAGGCGUUACAUUCGUCUUGGCCGUGGAAAGGAUUUCGUCACUCGCUUGUCCGAUGUAUUUGACGACGUCGGAAACCCCCAGGUCGUCAUGAAACCCACCAUCAAGGACAUCGUCGACACCGAGUCGGAACGCUAUUUUCUUGUUCACCUGGCCGAAACUUCUCAGGUUCCGGAAGAUAUUACAUUUUUCUAUGGGUGCUUGAUCAGACUUUGGGAGGGGCACCCCGAGACGAACACCUUCUUGUGCGACGCGCGAGAUCAUGAGAACAGAGCUUUCUGGGAACUUGUGAUGACCAGCAAUUUCUGUUGCAAGCUGUCCCAAGUCCUUGACUCACCCCCAACUUCAACCACGGAAGGCACCAAGUUCGUUUCCAAGUGCCACACUCUGGAGGUCGAUUUCUUGAAUAGUCUUAAGAAGGACAAACACAUCGACCUGCGAGACUUCUGUGGACCCAUCAGUGUUCUUCUACGAUCCGGUAUGGCUGAGGGCUGCCUCAAGAGGCUUGAUACACUUGUCACUGAACGUAUGGGCACUACCAUUCGCGGUCUAUACGACGAUGUGCUCAAAGACGCCAUCGCAGACCUUUCCAAGUACUGCCAGGAGUUUGAGGCUGCGGAGGCGACGUCCAGGCAGGACAAAUCCCCAGCAUCGGCACCUGCUCUGGUCACUGGCCCAAAGGAGAAAGCUAGCAACAUCAGCAACACUACAAAGGCAUCUAUGCCUCGUGAGAAGAAUUCCAAGCAGGAUUUGAGUGAGACCCCUAUGAGAUACCCCUCGCCGCCUUCCCCGGCCAGAGCCUUCCCCAGAAAGCAGAUCCAGGAGAAUGAGAAGACAAAGAAGAAGAAAACCCGACCGAUCUCGCUCACCACCUCACACUCCGCUGAGAAGUCUCAAGUUGAUGAGACUUCCCCCACGAGCCCGUCUACAGCAUCUCCUAUGGAUUGUCCGAUGUUCAGAGUCAAGCCUUGCACAGCCGAGUUCUUCUGGUCUUUGUUUGGCAAAGCACGCGCCCGAUCCACCAUGAGCUGGAAGUCAUUCGAGGCAGCCAUGGCAGACCUUGGAUUCUCCGUCAUGCGCAACAAGGGUGGCUCUUCUGUGGCCUUUGUCCCUCCCGACACAAUGCCCGAGCUGCGACCUAUCUCCAUUCACGCGCCUCACCACUUUCAGAUUGAGGGAUACAGAAGCUUGAUCCUCUCUCGCCGGCUGACGAGAGCUUACGGAUGGGAUGAGAACACUUUUCAGAUUGCUUAG